CGGGCGCCAGAGUGAAAUGGUCACGCACAAAAAGUGAAGCGUCCGAAGGAAAUCGUAACAGAUGAUUUGAACAAGUACACAAGAGUAUAAAAUGGUUUUGGACCCCUCUCUGGUUGCUGCCAGGAACGGCGACCUGCAAACGUUGCAGACGCUGCAAAAUGAGGGCGUCCUCUUGCAGAAAGUGACCGAUCACCUCGGAGCUUCGCCGGUGCAUCACGCCGCCCGCUCCGGGAGUCUCGACGCCCUGAAGUACCUGGUAGAAGAGGCGAAACUCGCCGGGAAUAAGCGUGCCAGGAACGGGGCAACUCCGGCGCACGACGCGGCUGCCACCGGCAAUCUGGUGUGUUUGCAGUGGCUGCUGUCAGCGGGAGGAUGUCAGACACAGGAUAAGGACAGCUCGGGGGCCACAGUUCUGCACCUUUCAUCGUGGUUUGGGCAUCACAGUGUCACAGAGUGGUUAUUGAAGGAGGGGGGCAGUGACCCAGGAGGAGCAACGGAUACCGGAGCCCUUCCCGUGCACUACGCGGCAGCCAAAGGUGACCUUCAGUCACUACGGCUCCUGCUCGAACAAUGUCCCAACGUUGUAAAUACACAAAUGAAAAAUGGUGCCACUGCCCUCUAUCUGGCCAGCCAGGAGGGCCACCUGGAGGCCGUCCAGUAUCUUGUGAAAGAAUGUGGAGCAGACCCACACAUACGGGCCAAUGAUGGGAUGACUGCUCUCCACUCAGCAGCCCAGAUGGGACACAACACUGUCAUCGUCUGGCUGGUGAGUUUCUCAGACAUUAGCCUGUUGGACCGGGAUGGUGAAGGGGCCACAGCAAUGCACUUUGCUGCCAGUAAGGGGCACACCAAGGUUCUCAGCUGGUUGUUGCUGCACGGAGGUGAAAUUGCCACGGAUAACUGGGGAGGGUCCCCGCUACACGACGCUGCUGAGAAUGGAGAACUGGAGUGUUGCCAGAUCUUGGUGGUCAAUGGUGUCGACCUGGGUAUUCGCGAUAACGAUGGCUACACAGCAGCAGACUUGGCUGAGUAUAACGGACACAGUCAAUGCGCCAAGUACCUCAAGACAGUCGAGAACAUGAGUGUGGAGCACCGGGUCCUGUCUCGGGACCCGUCCCUGGACCUCGAAUGCAAACAGCCUGACUCGGGGAUGUCAUCUCCCAACACCACCAUCUCAUCGCAGCAGCAGACUGGGGCGGACUUGGGCUCCCCCUCCAGCACACUGUCCAACUACAACUCCUACCAUUCCAGCCAAUCCAGUACCAGGGAGACGAGGGGCAGCCCAGCAGGGCAGGCCCAGAGCCAGGGACAAGGGCCAUCGGUGAAUACAGACAUGGACACUUACAUGGACAUGCUGAAUCCGGAGGUGAACCCUCAGGAAAACCAGGCAUCUGGGAACAAAGCUCUUCCACCACCUCCUAUGUUCCCGGCUCCGUCUCCCCCAGCGACAUCUCAGCCACCGCCACCUCCGCCCUGCUACCCGGCGCCACAUCCCCCGGCGGAAGAGCCCUUGGUGGACGUGUACGCCCACACGAGGAGUAACCUUCGGCACGUCAAGAACGAAGCGUCAAAUAAGCUGGAGUUAAAUCCCAAUGAAAUAACUCCAGACAGAUUGAAAAGGGUUGAAUCAAAUCGAAAGUCAAGAAGCUUCAACAAAGAACCCAGCACGGCUGAUUAUUACAAGUCCCUUGGAAGCAGUGCACAGCAAAGCUCUCAAAUGGCACCUAAUGAAGAGGGUUCUCUUGCACUGGAGGGAGGACUUAGGAAUGGAAGCGUUCCAGAAAACCAGCCCAUCAGUGAAAUACCCGCUCCCCCACCCCCUCCCCCUCUCCCAGAAACUGUGUCAAACCCCCUUCCUCCACCCCCACCUCCACUGCCAACAGAGACCACCAUGUCCAGCAGCAACCAGCGACGACCUUCUUCAUCCUCUGCAGGAAACGUGUCUCACCAUCCAGAAGGCAAAGGACCAAAGCUAAUGAAGAGUGCAAAAUCCUUCAAUAUGAUGUCCCCAAAUGGAGAUAACGCUGAGUUACUGGCUGAAAUCAAGGCUGGGAGAAAUCUGAAGCCAACUGCCCAGAGCAAGGGGACUACUGUGGUCUUUUCAAGCUCUGGCAAUAAGCCCGAAAACACAAAUGUGAAGCAUAAGGGAGGUAGUCCGACCGAGACGUGUGUAAAUGGGGUUGCUUCGGCUGUGGCUGAUGUCGAGUCACUUGUACCGACUCACGACGAGCUGGGAGUUCCAAUACCUGAGUGGAAGAGGCAGGUGAUGGUGCGGAAGCUGCAGGUUAAGAUCCAGGAGGAGGAAGAACAGAAACGAAAAGAGGACCAAGAAGCAGCUCGUUUAGCCAGCCUGCCCGCGUGGAGGAGAGACAUAGUGAAAAAGAAAAUGGACGAAGAAAGGAAAGAGGAGGAGCAGCAGAAGAAGAUGGAGGAGGAGAAGCGAAAGGAGCAGACCGAGAAAAUCCGCACUCUCGGUUACGACGAGUCAAAACUGGCACCUUGGCAGCUGCAGCUCAUCCUGAAGAAAGGGGAUUUAGCGAAGCACGACUGAGACUCUCGCUUCAGAUCUUUGAUCGUUUCUGCUGUAGUGUAGAGCACGGUGUUCAGUAGUAGAGAGAUCCCCGAGGGUCAGUUCACUGCUGAACAUGCCAGGCCUCCACAGCACAGCCCAAUGUUAGUCAAUAGCUCCUUCUUUGGUUGGUAUCUCCUGUGUAAUACACAAACCAACACUAAGGAAAUAUUUCAAGCUUCCAUCUACACCUGCACAUCUCUCACUCUAACCCUCUUAUCCCCAACUUUCUCCAAAGUAUUCACUAGGCGAUUGCUUGAUUUCAAUGGAAAAAGCUCUCUGCUAUCAUGGUAAUUGUGAUUUGUAGAUUUGCUACCCAAAAAUAAAACCCAGUUAUGAUAUCACGUGUUCUAGGUAUAAAAUCUAUCCAUUUUCCUUUUGUAAAAUAACAAUGCAGCUUUAAAGUUAUUGGGACUGUUAAUUAAACUCACAUGUUUGGGGCGUUGGCACAUGUUGAGUGAUUGAUGUUGAGCUCAUUGUAGAGCAGAGGUCUGAAGGUUUGCCAAGGCAGGAGUUGAGUUGCCUUGCGGGUGGGAGUGCAUUGCCCAGGGCAGAACUGGGGUAAGGAGACCAGAUUCAGAUUCACAAUCACAAUCAGGUUUAGUAUCACUGAUGUACAGCACGUCGUGAGGAACACACACAAAACGCUGGAGGAGCUCAGCAGGCCAGGCGGCUUCUAUGGAGAGGAAUCAACAAUCAAUGUUUUGGGCUGAAAUCCUUCAUCAGGACUCAUGACUCAGAAGUCACGAUGAAGUGUCUCGGCCCGAAACGUCAGCUGUUUAUUCCUUUCCAUAGGUGCUGCCUGACCUGCUGAGUUCCUCCAGCCUUUUGUGUGUUUUACUCUGGAUUUCCAGCAUUUGCAGGAUCUCCUGUCUAAUUGAUAUACGUCAUGAAAUUUGUUAUUUUGUGGCAGCAGUACAGUGGAAUACAUAAAAAUUACAAUAAAAAAUAUGAGAUAUAUAUUUAAAAGUUUUUAGUAAAUUUCGGGAAAUAGGACCGGGAAGGUUUGUGCCUUGUGUCCUCUGACGAAACCCUCAUCAUCCCUCUCAAGUGGGCCAAUCCCAGCUAGGUCUGUACCGGAUUGCCUCACAACUCAGAGACAACGGAGGAAAAUUAACAGAUGGGGUUUCCAACUCCUGGGGCAGAAUCAGGUGAGGUUCGGUUGUGGUGCCUUCCACAGUCUUUUAUCUCAGCCUGACAGCCUCGGGCUGCACCAAAGGACUGGCAGCAGAUGCACGUGUAAACGUAGGUACCAAAGAACGUCAGCCAAUCGACAUAUCAGCAGCCGGCCAACCCGUGCCUCGAAACUGGUGAUGCCGGGAAAUGAGGAGAACCGACCAAUCACCCUGUGGCGGAAUGUGACAUCCCACUGCCCACCCCAGUUACAUCAGUCACAUUGCCUGACCCUACUUCCACUGCGAGCAGGGGAAACUCUCACUGAGCACUCUGUUACACGCCGAUUAGACUGUUACACAAACACGAUUGUAUGAAUUCCUGUCCGGACUCUGGUUGCUAUCAAUUUUGUAUAUAAUCUAGUGGAGGCCACCUUAUUUCCGAUGAGCAGCUCUUCAUCAGAUUUUAGUGUGUGCACAAGGGAACUACCUCUGCAAGCCCUCUGUAAAUGCAUGCAAUGUUACAUGCCACACUGUUCAUAAUUAUGAUUAUAAACUUUCUUGGAUGCCAUAUGACUUAAGGAAUGACACAAAUGUCACUGCCAUUAGCCUGUUUUCCACAGAUUUAACACCCUAGUUUCUCAGUCGCUAUCUCUCUACUUCCUGGAAC